CACGUGCGACAGUGUGACUAAUCACGUGCUACAGAUGGUGAAAGUUGUCACCUGUAACCCUACGCGCAGUAGCACCCCACCAGCUUAUUUCCAUGGAAAUAUAUUUUUAAGUGUUACAUUCUAAAUAUCAAAUCAAUAAAUUGACUUACGUUGGUGCAAACUAUGCUAGAAAAUGAUAAUGAUUAGUUGAAUUUGACAGAUACCUUAGUGUAAGGGUGGGGUCGUAUAUAUAUUCCACUUCUUAGUUGUUGGCUUCGCGGGACCUGUGAAUUUGAAUGAUAAUCGAUAAAAAACACUUUAAGCAACUUUUUAGGCGAAAGGAUGUCUAUUCGUGGCUGCUUUCUGCGUUGUUUGCGAUAACACGGUGUGGCUAGAAUCUGUGAAUAAUGUGAAUAUGGUGGACUCGGAACACAGGAAUAGGAUUGUAUUCCUGGGAGCAGGAGGGGUAGGUAAGAGUUCCAUUCUCAAGAGGUUCCUGAACGGAGAUUACUCCGACGACUACGAGGAAACGGUCGAGGACCUCUACCCAGCUGAAUAUGACGUCAGAGACGCACAUCUUUUAGUGGACUUUCUGGACACAGCGGGAAACAUCGCUUUUCCCGCCAUGCGCAGACUCUCGAUUGCUAAUGCCCAAGCCUUUGUUCUUGUGUACUCUAUAACAGACAUUUCAACGUUUGAGGAAGUUAAGCAACUUUGGGAACAAAUCAAAGAGGUGAGAAGCACGUAUGAGACAAUUCCUUGUGUUAUUGUAGGCAACAAGCUAGACCUGGAGAACAACCGCCAGGUGGAAAAGUUUGAUGCAUUAAACUGGGCCUACAAUGACAAUCUGGGCAGCGCAUUUGUUGAAGUCUCGGCCAAAGAUGAUGAGUGCAUUAAAGAUAUUUUCAAAAUGCUUCUGGACCAAAUAAAGACGCCCCGCUCUCUGCACCCCGACAAGUUCAUGAUUCGGCGCUCCAGUACAAAUUCUAUCGAGCCCGUGGUCCACGAAGAGACCGAAGCAGACGACCUCAAAAUGCAACGAAGCCGCAGCCUUAUACGACGAGGAAGCAAGCCAAAAAUGAAACGAUCGUCGCGGGGAAAUAAGAAUGACUGUUCGGUAUCUUAGAUUGCGGAGAAAAGGCUCCUUUUCAUUAUGGGCUCAGUGAUAAAAAUACAUUUUUAACGGCGAAACAUUCCACUUCUGAGAAUCCCUCGUGGUACUUUGGAUUCAAUUAAUCCACCUCGUGAUCGUGCUGUAUAUUUUUUACUUUUUUCAUUUGUGUUGUAUUUAUAAGACUGGGGGAAUUCAGUUCAUUUUAAGUGUAUUUUGUAAAUUUCUCGUCUUUUAUUGUAAUGCAGGCGAUAAGAUUUCAAACAUAAUAUUAUUUAUAUAAAAAGUUGUUUAGAAAAUAAAAUUCUGUUUGUCUUC